CCGAUCUCUUUCACCUCAUACUACACACACCAAAAUUAGCCAUGGCAGACACUAAAUUUCAGCUGAAGCUUCUUGUUGACAAUGAAGCUAAAAAGGUCCUAUUUGCCGAAGCUGGGAAAGAAAUUGCAGAUUUUCUCUGUUAUUUACUCUCUUUGCCUGUUGGCACUAUUGCAAGGCUCUUGGAGAAGAACAUGGUUGGUUGCUUAGGUAACCUUUACGAGAGCAUCAAAGGUCUGAGUGAAACAUAUAUGCAGCCAAACCAAAACAAGAAUUCUCUACUAAAUCCAAAGUCUCCAAUUUCUUCUACUGAAAUACCCCUCUUGUUGUCCGAUCAUGAAUUUGAGAGCCGGAAGGUUUACUUGUGCGAUUACUGCAAUUCAAAUGUGGCUGAUAAUCCAAAGAUUGUUUGUCCAAGUUGCAACAGGAAAAUGACCAGGGAGGUUCCUUAUAUAACUGCUAGUAGUAAGUCCGUUGGCACAAGUACGGCGGCCGUGGGUGAGGGAGGUUUCGUUAGAGGGGUGGUGACAUACAUGAUUAUGGAUAACUUGGUGCUGAAGCCAAUGUCUACAAUAAGUAGUAUCACCUUGCUAAACAAGUUUAAUGUUAAGGAUGUUCGUACUCUUGAAGAGAAAGUUGUUGAUUUUGGCAUUGAAGAGGGUGUGAAGCUGUUGAAGGCAUCUUUGGAAUGCAAGAAUGUAUUAACAAGUGUUUUCCUCUCAAGUAUUGAGCCACAAAAAAGCUCUUCUUGAUUUCUUUUGAGGAACCCAAUGUUAUGUUGUUUUACAUUUUUGAGUGUUUUAAAUAUUAACUAUUAAAUAAUAAGAUCAGUGUGUUUAAUUUGUUA